AUGCCCAACGAUGCCGAAGACGGCUAUACGAAUGGAAACUCGAACGAGCGUACCGGCCUGCUGAAUGGGAACCACGGCCGGCGUGGCAGCCAGCGCUGGUCUCGUCGCGACGACAGGUCCUGCGUCCGGAUACCGUAUGAGGUUUGCUACUUGACCUAUGCCACCCUCGCGAGCAACUACAUCAAUGUCCUUCUCGUCUUCGUGCCUCUCGGGCUGCUCUCUGGGUUCCUUGGAUGGUCGCCCACGGCCACGUUCGUGCUCAAUUUCAUCGCGAUCAUGCCCCUGGCCUCGCUCCUGAGCUUUGCGACGGAGGAGCUGGCUUCCACCCUGGGAGAGACCCUUGGAGGACUGCUCAAUGCGACUUUUGGAAACGCCGUCGAGCUCAUCGUGCUAAUCAGACGUCAACAGGUCAGCAUUGUCGCAUUGUCCAAGAAUGAGAUUCGCAUCGUACAGUCCAGCAUGCUGGGCAGCGUCUUGUCCAACAUCCUCCUAGUCCUAGGCUGCUGCUUCUUCUUCGGUGGCCUCAACUACCACGAACAGCUGUUCAACAGCACCGCGGCCUCCACCAUGUCCUCCAUGAUGACCGUGGCCUCUGCCUCCCUUAUCAUCCCGUCCACCCUCUAUGCCUCUCUCUCUUCCUCCAAGGCCGAUUCCAGAGAGAACAUCCUCUUCAUCUCCCACGGGACCGCCGUCAUUCUGCUCAUCGUGUACAUCAUGUACCUUUUCUUCCAGCUCAGAUCUCACUCGGACCUCUUUGAAAGCCAGAACGUGGAGAACGGAGAGGUCGGGAGAGAGGAGGAGGAGGAAGAGGAGGAGCGCCUCCUCAACCCAUACGCUGCCUCUGUCCUCCUGCUCAUAGUCACCGUCCUGGUCUCAGGAUGUGCCGAGUACCUCGUCGGAAGCAUCGAGCCCAUCGUCCAGUCAACCGGCAUGAGCAGGACCUUUAUCGGUCUUAUACUCAUCCCAAUCGUCGGAAAUGCUGCAGAACACGUCACCGCCGUCGUAGUCGCAUGCAAGAACAAGAUGGACCUCGCCAUCGGCGUCGCCAUUGGAAGUAGUCUGCAGAUCGCCCUUUUUGUCACACCCUUCCUGGUCAUCCUCGGCUGGAUCAUGGACAAGGACAUGACUCUUCACUUCCAGACCUUCGAGACCGUUGCCUUCUUCAUCUCCGGAUUGGUCGUCACCAUCCUGAUCCAGGACGGCAAGUCAAACUACCUCGAGGGCGGCCUCUGCCUCGGAAUGUAUGUCAUCAUUGCGCUUGGAUUCUACGUCUACCCCGACGACGCCGGUGACGUCGGUGCCAUUGCUGCUCGGCUCGCCAGCCGUUUCUCUCUCUAG